CCUAAACCUAAACCUGACCUGAAGUUGUGACAAAACAUGAGGCCAGAAUGUCCUGUCUCUCAUGGUAAUAAUAAUCACAUCGGUCCUCACGAAGUCGACACACAAGUACACACACACAAACAAGUGCAGAUCGAUCCAUCAGCGCCUUGUUUGCUCGUGCUGCUGCUGUGGUGGAGGCUCAUCUCUGCUCUGACUGACGCGUGCCUACAGCCUCGCUCCGCCUCUCUCCGCGGUCCCUAUGGCAACGCAUGGAGGAGAGCAGCUUAGCAACACGGAGACGGAGAGGCAGGGUCUGUGGUCCAGACAACGCGGAGCCAUCGGAAUCACACAGAGGGAACCAGCGCAGCCUCUAAACACCUGAUGCCGUUUGUUACCCACAAGACAUUUUCGUUCAGUUAGUGUUCACUUCAUCUUCUAUCACAGUCGUGAUGAAGUUCGUGGUGGUGCUCGUGGGCGCGGGCACGCUCGCCUUCCUCGGAGCCGUCAUCUGCAUCAUCGCCAGCGUCUAUCCUCGGAGACGCGCCGCGCCUCUUGGCGACAACGGCACCCUGACGUCCGAGUCGCUGCUCCAGCCCCUGGAGCCCGGUUCGGUGGCCCACGCCGGGCCGCUGGGCGCGCUGCACGGUGCCGAGUCCUACGACGGCGGCAACGGGCUGGGCGGCGUCGGGCUGGAGGUUCCCACCCUCAACGAGCUCAACCUCGGGGAGGAGCUCGGCGGAGGGUCCGCGAAGCAGUUCAGCUUCAGCCGCUUGAUCUGCACACCGGUACCGGUGGGAGAAUGCAAGACCAAAGAGCUGAGGCAGCGCCAGGAGCAGCAGCAGGCCGACGAGCCGCUGUACGGAACCGGGGAUGAGGACUGGACCUAUCUCCGGAGCACCGCGGAGGAGCUCCGGCAGACGGUCCUGCAGCAGAACGACCAGAUCCUCAUGGACCAGAGGACGAUCCGGGAGCUGACGGGGAAGCUGAGCGAAUGCGAGAGCGGCCUGGAGGACGAGCGGAGCAUCCCGGAGCGGAGCGUCGGGGUGUGGAGCGGCAACCGGCGCGUCAUGGCCGGGGACGACGUGAGCUCCUCCGCCGCGGCGCAGCUGCAGACGGCGCGAGCCGUGGAGGAGCUGGCCAGGGCCAUCAUGGACCUGAAGGACCGCAUCGAGAAGCUGGAGGCAGAGAUCGGCCCUGCUGCCCUGAACCUCACCGACGCGUCCGGGGGUAAAAGCGGCAGCAGCCCGGCUGCUAACGCCGCCCCCGCUCCCGCCCCCCCCACCAGCAGCUCCUCCUCCGCGCCCGCAGCGCCCGCAGCGCCCGCCCCGGGCGGCCGCCACGCUGCCUCCCCCGCAUCCCCCAACCCCAAACCCCCGUCCAAGGCCUCCCCCGGGCGGGGGAAGGGCACCUGGAGGGUGGAGGACCUGGAGGGGGAGCUGGAGCGCAAGAUUAAGAUGCUGGAGAAGGAGCGGCAGGCCAUGAGGAAGGAGACGCAGGGCGAACACGAGAAGAUCAACCAGGGCAUCGACACGGUCAGCCACCGCGUGACCGAGCUGGAGCACACGCUGACGGAGCCGCCGUUCCCCGACGGCUUCGUCCUGUCCUUCCCCAUGAGGACCAACUACAUGUACGGCCUGGUGAGGAAGGAGAUCACUGAGAUGUAUGCGUUCACGACCUGCGUCUGGCUGAAGGCCAAAGAAGGGGGCAUCGGGACUCCGUUUUCCUACUCGGUGCCUGGACAGCCCAACGAGCUGGUGCUGCUACAGGGAGUCCACAACCCCGUGGAGCUGCUCAUCAACGACAAGGUGGCGCAGCUGCCUCUGUCCCUACCACAGGACGAGUGGGAGCACAUCUGUGUGAGCUGGACCCUGAGGGACGGAGUGUGGAAGGCCUACCAGGGGGGAAAGCUGAAGGGACGGGGAGAUGGACUCGCCGCCUGGCAUCCGAUCAAACCAGGAGGAGUCCUCAUACUGGGACAGGAACAGGACACGCUGGGUGGGCGGUUCGACGCCUCCCAGGCUCUGGUGGGGGAGCUCUCCCAGUUCAACCUGUGGGACCGGGUGCUGAAGCCGGCGGAGGUGGCCGCUCUGGCCGAGUGCAGCUCCUCGGCGCUGGGCAACAUCGCCCCCUGGACCGACCACGACGUGGACGUCUACGGCGGCGCCACCAAGGAGUCGCUGGACCCGUGCCACAGCGCUCACAGAUCCAACCCCUCGGGCCCCAAGCAGUGAGAGACGCGACGGUCGCAGCGGAGCGGUAGCUUCAGGACCGGGGUCGGGGGUGAGGGCGGGUCCCGCUGGAGGUCACAGCCUGUUUGUGGGGACGAGGAGCUCGCUGAUGCACUGGAGGAUGGAGCCGUGCCCCGUUACAGGAGGUGUCUCUGUUUUGUUUUCGUGUCGGUGUCCUGCUCGUGUUUACUUCUGCCGUGAGAUCCAGUGAGUUUAGUCACAGAAUCCUCUUAGCGACGGCUGCAUGGCUGAAUCAGCGUCUGGCACCAGCUCGUACGGACUCGUCUGAAAACAGACUGCGGUGGUUCGGUUUGAUGCUGUUCUAGGAGGUUCCUCAUUUUACAACGUUGUGUCUUUUCCCGUUUUGUGUCGAGGUGGUUGUGUUUUAUGCUAAAACUGACGCUGAGAUGCUGUUUUGUUCAUGUUUCCAAUCAAAAUGAGUUGUGUUCAUUUCUAACUGUACAGGAUCCUGUUGGACAACGUCUGUGUAAACCUACCUUUUCAAUAUAGCGAUCCAUUAUCUGGUAAAUCAGUGGUCUUCUGAAUGUAUAUUGUAUGUGUGCUCGCGUUGCUCUGUGCCAGUCUGCUCUCCAUGCUGUUGCCUCCCACGCACCUCACGCCUGCAAAGUUAAGUUGCAGCGUUUGCAACUUAAACCCGUCAGCUCUUGAGCGACCUGUGGAGCACAGUGAACACUACGCACCAGUCAGACGCUGAUUGUGAUGAACCCCAGUGAGUUGAAUGUAAACCAGAUGGAAUGUAAGUGUGUUUGCAUGACCAAAGCCACUUCAGCUGCCACCCAAGAAACGGACUCACAAUGUGCAACAAGUGGGUCCAAACACGGACGUGUGUGACUUUGGAAUCAGAUCCUCACUAAGCACAUGACAGAGAAGAGAAAGGUGUUAGAAACACUGCGUUCCUUAUGAUUUGGGAGCAGUUCUAAAUUAAGGCUGACACCAUUCUGGCCAACAGACGCUGUGAAGAACCACAGAGCUUGAACGCAUCUUCUAUUGGCUCCACUACACGAUGAUAUUAGUGCCACAGCGUUGGCAUGAAGCAGACUGUUGCCUUUGAAGGGAGCCAGAACAGCAGAACCGACUGGGCUUUGACCUGCUGUGGCGCUGAGUUCAUCCCUCUGGUUUCGACAGGCUCCUUAAAGUUCAAAUACUUCUCAUUCGUAGCUUCUUGGUGACAUAAAGGCAGAUGGACGUCCUUGUUUAUAGCUCAGUGGACGCUCACGCUAGGCGCCGUGGAGCCUCCCACGCUGUGCAGGUGAGGGUUUGAUUACCACACGGAGCCCACAUCCAGUCCACACUGUGCGGUGAAGUGAACUGUGGUGAAAACACUGUCGUUAUUACCUCAGAACAACAGCCCCUCGAAGGAUGUGACAACUUGUUGUAAAGUGCCUGCCUGGGCUCCCACGCCCAAAAGACCCGUCCGACCCGUGUUUCUACGUUUUCUUCUCCGUCGUCUCUUUCUUCUCGCGCCGUCGCGCUGCUUCUCUCUUGCUUGUGGUCGUUGAAAGCUGUGACGGUGUUGUGCUUGUCUUUAUUUGCAUCUUCAUGGAUCUUCUACAAUAUUGUGAAAUGUGUGGAUAAAAAUAAUAAACUGGUUAUGACAACG